AUGGCUUUAUCCGCCGCUGACCUUCAGAGGAGACACGAGCUCGAGGGCGCUCCUGACCCGUUCCCGUCUCUCUCUCAGCCUACUCCCACCAAGCCCAAGGCCCCCGCUGUCGUUCCGUUGGAUACCGACUCUGAGGUUGCAUUUCCUACGCUUGCAUCCGCCUCUCCUGCAAACCCAGUUGCCAACUCCGCCUGGGGUGCGGCUGCUGGUCCUCGUAUCAAGGCCAACAUUCCCAGGGUCCCUGUCUUCACCGACACCUUUACUCUCUCGGCAAUUGACUUGUCCAACUCUGGUAAAGACGGCAAACCUGCUACGCUCGGGGAGGUCAUUAAACAGGUUAUUUCCAAGUACAAGGUUAAGGUAGAAGCCAGCGCCAAUCAAAAGACCCGUCAAACCACCUUCUAUGUCAAAGCGGAAUCGCAGAAGGAAUUGGACAAGGCUAAACGGAGCCUCGUGGCCCUGUUAAGUCCCGUCAUUACGCUAGUCAUUAAUGCACCGGCUUCCACCAUUGCCUCUAUCAUCGGUCCAAAAGGCGCGACUUUGAAACAAAUUCGUGACCAAACGAGUGUUAGAGUCGACAUUCCCAAGAGGGACACUCCUAUAGGCAAUGGUCAUGCAAACGGCAAGGCUUCUCACGACGACGAUGACGACGAAGAGGAACCCACUGUUCCUGUCACCCUCAUCGGUCCUUCUCCUUUGGCGUAUGAGGCACAGGAGCUCUUGAACCAGAUCAUUUCUUCGAAAACGUCCAAAGCCACCCAACGAGUUCGUGAUAUUCCUGCCCAUAUUUUGCCCUUUGUGCUCGUUCGCAGGCCCAAUUUCUUGGAAGCUGCUCAGGGUGGGAACGUCAAUUUGGCUUUGAAUGCUACCGCUCGUGAGAUUACUGUUAGCGGCGAUCGCGAGGCCGUCGUUCGAGUUGUAGAGACUAUCAAGAAAACCAUUGAAGCAUUGCAGUCGGCUAUCACCUCAGUCAAGAUUUCUCUUCCAAAACGCCAGCACCGUCUUCUCAGCGGUCAAAAUGCCGACGCCAUUCUGGCAAAGAGUAAUUGCGCUGUCACUGUGGGCAAACCUGAAGAGACCAGUGACGAGGUCACUGUCUGGGGCAAAGCUGCAGACCUUCCCGCUGGACUCGCUGCUGUCAUGGAACAGGCCAAUUCCAAGUACAUCCACGAAUUGACUCUGCCUGGACCCAUCGCUCUUUCAAAGCAACUCGCUACGUACUUGACCCGUGUUCAAUAUACCAAGCUUAUCAAGGCCAGCCACCCUACCGUCGACGUGUUUCUCCCCUCCGCAGACGCCACGUCUUCGGCCCUUAGCAUUGACUUGGUUGGCGAUAAGCCUGAGGUGGAUGCUGUCGUCAAACAGGUUUCGGAACUCAUUGGUAAAUUGAUCGGUGGAACAAGGGACGUCACCGUUGAUUGGCUUUUACAUCGCGUUAUCACUGGAAAGAACAGUAAAAAGAUCAAGCAAUUCCAUGACGUUCAUAAUGUUCAGGCCUACUUCCCGAGCGAGUCAUUGGAGUCUUCCCACAUUCUUUUGGUUUACGAUCCUCUCAGUACCGGAGCUUCUCUUUCUCCCGAUGAGAAGAAAAAACAUCUGGAUGAUGUUGAGAAAGAACUCCUGAAACUGGCUCGGGAUGCUGCUGACGUUAAAACGGAGACUAUUGAGGUUGACAAGCGUUGGCAUGACGCUGUCGUGGGUAAUGGUGGGACAACUCUGAAUGCUAUCAUUGGCGAAGAUACCACUCUUUCUAUCAAGGUUGGCGCUGAGGCCGGUGCAUCCACAGAAGAUAUCAUCAUUGUGCGCGGUGUCAGCAGCGAUGUUGAUCGUGCCGUCAAGGAAAUUCAAAAGAUUGUCGAAAAUGCCAAGAACGACGAAAUUGUGAACAGCUACUCGACCGAAUUCGACAUCGACAAGGAAUAUGUUGGUCGCAUCGUUGGCUCGCAAGGUGCUGGUAUCAAUAAGCUCCGAGAUCAACUUGGUGUCAAGGUUGACGUUUCGGACGACGUUGAGGAGAAAGAAAAGGAAGGUAGCAAGAAGAAGAAGCCAGUUCACCAAAAGUCCAAAGUCAAGAUUACUGGACGAAAGGAGAACGUUGAGGAGGCUAAGAAGCGCAUUCUGGCCCAAAUUGAUCGUCUCGCCGACGAGACCUCUGAGAUCCUCAAGAUCCCCAGCCAAUACCAUUCUUCUUUGAUUGGGCAAAGUGGAAAAUAUGCCAUUCGCCUGGAGGAGAAGUACUCCGUAAAGAUUACCUUCCCUCGACAAUCUCCUGAGAAUGGUGAGAGCAAGACCAGGGAACAACUCAAAUCCGAUGAAGUCCUCAUCAAAGGUGGAAAGAAGGGUGUUGCUGGUGCCAAAUCCGAACUCCUGGACGCAGUGGAAUUUGAGAAGGAGUCAAACAACGUCCUGAAGUUCACUGUUCCAACUCGUUCGGUAGCUCGUAUCCUUGGACGCGGUGGUGCCUCCAUCAAUGAGAUCAAGGACGAAACUGAGGCGCAGAUUGACAUCGACAAGAACUCAGAUGAGAGUGGGCUCACCACUUCUAUUACUGUUCGUGGUACCAAGAAGGCUGUGGCCGCCGCCAAGGCAGCUAUUCUUGCCAUUUCAGAACAAGUGACUGAAGAGACUACGGCAUCUGUUACUGUCGACAACAAAUUCCAUCGUUCAAUUAUCGGUGCUGGUGGACAAGGCCUUAAGGAAAUCAUCGCGAAAUGUGGCGGCCCUUCAGACCCCAAAUUGCAAGCUGGGUUGCUUAGAUUCCCUCGUCAAGGUGAAUCUUCUGAUGAGGUACGCAUCAGGGGUGAACCCAAACUUGUCGCCAAGAUCAAGGCCGAAUUGGAGCAGAGAGUUGCAGUUCUGCGCGACACAGUUAUUAUUGCUGUUGAUAUUCCAAGCGCUCAACAUCGUGCUCUCAUUGGUCGUGGCGGUCAACAUCUUAACGAAGUUCAGGAUAAAUUCUCUGUUCAAAUUCAGUUCCCUGGCUCGCGUUCUUAUAACCAAGUUGGAGACCCUGAAAACGCCAGUGAAUUGGAAGGCGUCGAGGCCGCCAACAUUGUCAAGGUUUCCGGUAGCCGUGAUGCUUGUGAGAAGGCAAUUGCUGAGCUUAAGAGCAAUGUCAAGGCACCUGCUGUUGCUGGUCCUUCAGGCACAAUUGUUGUACCAUUGAAGUACCACCAUGCAAUUUCCCAGCAGGGUCAAUUCUUUAGGACCCUCAGGUCUUUCGGCGUCCAGGUUGACCAUUCCGCACAACCCCAGACAUCUGGUGUCCCUUCUCGCCCUACUCCCACUGCCCGCAUUGACGAUGCUGAGACAGCCUCUGGUGAUCACGAAUGGGAAGUCGUCCCCAACUACGAAGACGCUGAGGAGGGAGAUUCAACCUGGACACUCAAAGCUCGCGAUCAAGCUGGAUUGGACAAGGCCGAAAAACUCGUCAAGGACGCCAUCGAAAAUGCCAAGCGCAUGUCCCAUGUCGGUUUCCUCACCAUGCCCGACCGAUCAACGUUCCCCAGAAUCGUUGGCUCUAAGGGUGCCAACAUUGCGCGUCUUCGAAAUGAGACUGGUGCUGAUAUUACUGUCAGUCGUGAAAACAGCACUAUUGUCAUCAUUGGUGAGUUUCCUAAAUGA